GCGCCAACCCCUCCGGAGGAAGAGGAGAAGGCUUCUCAGUUGAUAAUGCUACUUUAAAUCGGUUUUUCUCACUCCAUUAUCUCUUGCCUUUUGUUCUAGCCGCCUUAGCUGUCAUGCACCUUAUCGCCCUGCACGUUGAUGCCUCUAACAAUCCUCUGGGGAUUUCAUCUAAGCUUGACCGUGUACCCUUCCACCCGUAUUUUACAUUUAAAGAUCUAAAUUACGUGCCUGCUAAUCCCCUGCAGACCCCGGCCGCGAUAGUGCCCGAGUUCUACCU